AAAAAGCAGUAGAUACUAGCGGAACUACAUCAGUUAGCAACAGCUUCGUUACAGUUCACAGUCAAUUCCGAGCAGCACUCACCGAAAUGGCUUUCAAACUCUUCGUUACUUUGGCCGUCCUGGGCGUUGCCAAUGCCGUUCUUCUCCCAACCUUGGUUAAGAAAGUUGAACUGGAAGCUCCUGCCGAAUAUCAGUUCUCGUACUCCGUGCAUGACGAACACACCGGAGAUAUCAAGAGCCAGCAGGAGGAACGCCACGGUGAUGAUGUCAAGGGACAGUACACCCUGGUCGAUGCCGAUGGACACCGUCGUGUCGUUGACUACACCGCCGAUGAGCACAACGGAUUCAACGCCGUCGUCCGCCGUGAGCCACUGACGGGACACAAGCUGGUAAAGACUGUGGUUCCAGUUGCCAAAGUAGCCGUACCGGUUGCCCACUAUGUAGCUCCUACCUACAAGGUUGCCGUGCCUGUUGCCAAAUAUGCUGUCCCUGUUACCAAGGUUGUCGCUCCGGCCCAUGUUGCUACUGUAAGCUUCUCUGCACCAAGCCUUACCUAUCACUACUAA